UUCCCCCAGUUGCCAUGAAGAUCAGCUCCUUCUUCUUUACAAUAAAUGAAGCAUGCCAAGGCAGGCCAGACUCUUGAGAGUGUCAUCAAUUGGCUACAAUAACAUGAACUUAGCAAAUAAUCAAUGAAGCAUCACUACUACUUUUCAAAACAACCUUUGGAAGAUGACCUACCGCCUAACCACCUAUACACCAAGAAAAAUAAGAAAAAAAGUUAAGGUUGAUAGCAAUCACUCCCCUUUCAAAGAUGUCGCGGCAAUCACAGCAAGGUGGGGAUUACAAUCAAUUCACCACCUCAGAUGACUAUGUGAUGAUGAAGCAAAUCCUAGCCACACAUGCUGAUUGCAGUUUUUACAAAGUCAAUGUCAGGCCCCAUCUCCAGCUCAUCAAGGAAAUCUUCCGAUACUCCACCACUCUAGAACGCACCAAUAUUCAUAACUUGCAAGUUUCUUCACAUAUGGAAAGCUUGGAUGAGAAGAUCCAAAAAGUUGACUUCGUUGGCAUGCUUGAAGCAUUGGCUUACACCAUACACAAGAUCUCUGGUGAGAUAUCGUACAAGUGCUAUGAGGGAGAGGAUGCACACUCAACAACGAUGGCACUGUUCAAGUCCUUAUCAAAAUUCUCCUGGGAUGCCAAGGUGGUAAUAGCCUUGUCCACCUUUGCCAUCACCUAUGGGGAGUUUUGGCUGGUCGAGGAACUUUGCGGGACACACCCUUUGGCCAAGUCCAUAGUAUUGCUGAAGAAAUUACCCGACGUAUUUGAGCAAUCAGAGAUGCUGAGGCCUAGGUUUGAAUCGUUCUGGAGCCUUUUCAAUGUCAUGCUCGAUGUGACGGAGUCCAUCAUCCGGUUCCAUGAGUUGCCACCUCAAUACACCUCCCUUGACCAACCACCAAUAUCGGUGGCCGCCACCCACAUCCCCAUUGCUGUUUACUGGAUCAUCAAGAGUGUCAUCACAUGCAUAUCUCAGAUCAUUGGCCUUAGUGCCUUGGGUCACAAAUCUAUUCCAUCAACCACUGAAACUAGUGACCUAUCCAGCUUAGUACAAAAGGUCAACAACGUGCAUGAACACUUUACCAAGCAACUCGAUCUUUGCAAUCAGUAUAUUGAUGAGAAGAAACAGGUCGAAGCUUAUAACAGGCUGGUGCAACUCUUUGAAACGACUCAUGUCAACAACAUGGAUAUUCUCAAGGCAUUGUUUAAUUACUCCAAUGAUGAUUUGCAGCCUCUUCUUCAAGGAUUCACCGGGAAAAGGGUUGGCGUUGAAGUAUUGGAAAAAAAUAAUAUAUGGUUGCUGAUAUCAGACUUGUACAUCUCCGAAGAAGAACUCACAAUUUUUUGCCAGAUCGUGAAUAAAAUGAGGGAACCCAAUUAUAAGGAAGCACCAAAUAUUAAUCCUUUCAGGAAAAUCGAUGUGCUCUUUCCGAGGUCACAGUCUGGCUACCAAGAGGUGUGGCUCCCCGUGGUGGAUAAGACUAUCCCAUGGACCGAAGCCAAACAAAGAGAGUUUGAUCGAUUGCAGAUGACUAUGCCGUGGUACUCGGUGCAUCACCCUUCCUUGAUCAAUUCGGCAGUGAUUAAAUACAUCAAGGAGAAGUGGCACUUCAACAAGACGCCAAUUCUUGUGGUUUUAAACCCACUUGGUACGGUUGUGAACACCAAUGCCCUCCACAUGUUGUGGAUCUGGGGAAGCAUUGCAGUUGGCGGAGAUCUAACCAGUUCUUGUGAGAAAAGGCUCUGGUGCGAUGAGACAUGGGGACUUAAAUUCUUGGUUGAUGGCAUUGAUGAAAAUAUACUCCAUUGGAUGGAAGAGAAAGAACGAAUCAUUUUCCUAUAUGGAGGAGAAGACAUAGAUUGGAUAAGAAAAUUCACGAUGAAGGCGAGAGAGGUAGCAAAAGCGGCAAAUAUCUCAUUCGAGAUGAUGUACGUGGGAAAGAGAAACCCGAAUAAGGAGCUAUUGAGGAGGAACAUAGACAUCAUCACCAAGGAGAAUCUGAGCUAUUGUUGGAAAGAUCUCACACUCAUCUGGUACUUUUGGAUCCGACUAGAGAGCAUGAUACACUCCAAGAUGCAACUUGGCGAGAAUAUCGAAAAUGACCCCAUAAUAAAGGAGAUCAUGACAAUCCUCAUCUUUGACAGCAGCAGUGAGAAAGGAUGGGCGUUGAUAAGUAAGGGGUCAGAAAUCAUGGCCAAAGCCAAGGGGGACAUGUUCUUGAACUGCUUCAAGGAGUACGAUAAGUGGAAGGGAAACGUUGACGUUAAGGGUUUUAUUUAUGCAAUCAAUGAUCAUCUGAAACAGUUGCGCACUCCGCAUCAUUGCAAUCGCCUCAUCCUGCCAGGGAUGGAAGGGAUGAUUCCUGAGAUGCUGGUUUGUACCGAAUGUGGCCGCCCUAUGGAGAAGUAUGUGUCCACUUCUGUCAUGUAUAGUUGCUGCAACAAUUAGUUCUCUCUCCCCCUCUCUCUCUCUCUCUCUCUCUCUCUCUCUCUAACUGAAAUUGAUAUGUGCAUGACGUGGAUGGGAUUGGAACGUGGAUGGAGUUGAGAUAAAAAGUUAUUGAGUUUGUAUUAGUUAUUAUAUUUUUAUUGUUUUAUUAAUGAGUAGUAGAAGUUAUGAGAGUUA